CUCCAGAGACGCUGCAGAAGAGAAGAAGAGCCAUGCAAUGAGCGCGCUAUCCUGACCCAAGCCUCCGAUCCACAAACUCAAACCCUGUUUGCAUGCGUUUAAUCCACACAUUUAAGAAAAGGAAGCAGUGUACUCCUAUAAAUGUAGUUUUUCCAUUACUCUAUAGAAAGAUUUAAUAGCUUUUAUAAAGUUCUCCUCGGGUUGACUUCAGCACUGAGGAUGCGCUACAGAAUGACGGGAUUUUCUACACGGAAAAGAAGCGCUUUGGAUGGUUUUGUGUGUUUGUGUUUAAUUUCUUUGGCGUAUUCCUUCAACCUUGACUUACACCAUCCCGUGCUGUUUCGAGGACCAGAGGCGACGUUUUUUGGAUAUUCGGUCCUGGAGCACGUCCAUGACAACACACGCUGGAUUGUGGUUGGGGCUCCCAGAGCAAACUCAUCAUUCAGCAGUUCGGUUCAAUCUCCUGGAGCUGUGUACAAGUGCCGAAUCCACAACAACCCAGAGCAACGCUGCACUGAGAUGGACCUCGGCAGAGGAAAUAAGCAAAGGGAGUCCUGCGGGAAGACGUGUCAAGGCGACAGGAAUGAUGAGUGGAUGGGGGUCAGUCUGGCUCGACAGGACAAACCUAACGGCAAAAUUCUGGCCUGUGCUCACCGCUGGAAGAAUGUGUACUAUGAAUCGGAGCAUAUCCUUCCUCACGGAUACUGCUCCGUCAUUCCAGCUUCUCUGCAGGGCAAGUCACAGCCUCUCAUACCAUGUUAUGAAGACCAUAAGAAGACCUAUGGGGAAGAGCACGGCUCGUGCCAAGCCGGGAUCGCAGGCGUUUUCACUGAGGAGCUGGUUAUCAUGGGUGCGCCUGGUUCUUAUUACUGGACCGGGACAGUCAAAGUGUUUAACAUGACAUCCAAUACUCACUACAACCUAAAUCAAGACAACCUGAGUCCUCCCAGAUACAGCUACCUCGGGUAUGCUGUGACAGCUGGUCACUUCUCCUCCCCGAAUACCACAGACGUGGCGGCUGGUGCUCCUCAAGACAGUGGUGGUGGAAAAGUUUACAUCUUCAGAAUCGAAGGAACGUCUCUUGUGAAGACCUUUCAAGCCUCAGGGAAAAUGAUGGGCUCUUACUUUGGCUCCUCAUUGUGUGCAGUUGACCUAAACGCGGACGGACUGUCGGACUUGCUGGUGGGAGCACCCAUGCACAGCGAGAUCCGGGAUGAAGGCCAGGUUUCUGUUUACCUCAGCAGUGGCAAUGGAGUGAUGGAGGAAGUCGCUAUACUGAAUGGUGAUAAUGCAUACAAUGCUCAUUUUGGAGAGUGUAUCACAUCUCUUGGGGACAUUGAUGACGAUGGCUACCAAGAUGUAGCGAUUGGAGCCCCCAAGGAGGAUGACUAUGGAGGUGCUGUCUACAUCUACCAUGGUGAUGCUACAGGAAUAGUUAACAAGUACUCAAUGAGAUUGUCCGGGCGAAGCAUCAACCCAUCCCUUCAAAUGUUCGGCCAGUCAAUUUCCGGCAAUGUAGACAUGGAUGGAAACGGAUAUCCAGAUGUGACGAUAGGGGCAUUCAUGGCUGACAGUGUGGUUUUGUUUAGAUCCAGGCCGGUGAUCUCUGUGGACGUCUCCAUCCUCCUGCCCGUGUCCAUUAACAUCACAGUACCACAGUGUCACGAAGGCCCUCAGCAUCUCAACUGCUUCAACGUCACCAUCUGCAUGAGCUUUCGAGGAAAACACAUUCCCGGCCACAUAGAGCUGCUGUACAAUCUAACCGCAGACUCAGAUAAGAGACACAGAGGUCUGCCGCCGCGGGUGUAUUUUGGAAACGGUGGCGAGCAGACAGUGGCUGUCAGUCAGCGUUUCAGCCUGGAGAUCAACCGACAGCAGUGCCAUCACUACACGUCCUUCGUGAGGAAAGAAGUGAAGGAUGUGUUUGCCGCCAUCGUGUUCGAAGCAGCCUACAGUUUAGGAAAACACAUUGUGGACGAACACCAGGACCGCGAGCUUCCCUCGCUCACUCCUAUUCUACGCUGGAAAAAAGGAGAGAAGAUCGCUGCAAAGAAUGAGACGUGGUUUGAGAAGAACUGUCUGUCAGAGGACUGCGCCGCUGACCUGAGGCUUCAUGGGAAACUGCUGCUUUCUGGGCGUUACAUCGGUUCUCAUCUGGCUCUCGGUGGAGUGAGAAACGUGUCUUUAAAUUUAACCAUCUCUAACGCCGGAGACGACGCCUACGACACCAACAUCUACUUCAACUUCUCCAGAGAGGUUCACUACAUCAACUUCUUACAAAGAGUAAGUCAGUGAUGCUGUGUGUUUGUCAUUCGUUUCUCUGCACCAGACUUCUGUGACGCUUUGGGAUCUUGCAAUCCAGCAGCUAGUUUAGCAACCCCUCAAAUGUGUUCAUUGUUAAACACAAAUUUGUUUAAAACCUACUGAAAACUACAUAAAAGUCUGCCAGUUCGACUGAAGUCUUUAAACAUUCUUGAUGUAAUAUGCACGAUGUAAGCCCAAGGGUGUGCCAUGAACUCAGUGCCAAAUGGUGACCAGUAGAUUAAAUUAUAUUUACUGGAAAAUGUGACAAGUCUGAAUCCUCUUUUUAAGGGUAUGUGGUCAUCGUAUCCAUUAUUUAAAGGGACAGCUUGGAAAAAAGCAUGUAGAAUAUAAAGAUAUGAGGAAGUUGUGGAAACAGGAGUUUUUUGCAGCUGGUCAGCGUAUCGUUAUCUCUUUCUUCUCAAACUCCCUCAUGUUCUGCUUCCCCUGCUGAAAAGUAUUCUGUAGUUAUCAGCAGAAUGAGGAAGAACAUUUCGUCCUUUAGUUUGAUGAUUAAUGGAGAGACUGCUGAACAGACCACUUUAAAAUGAACUCUGCCUUUUUAAAAGGGAAACGAAGCAGUGGAAUUGCACAUUUUAAUACAUUUUCUUUCAUUUUUAAGGGAUAAUGUAUAUAUUUGACCAUGUGUUUCUACUUUUGAUAUUUUCUAUAUUUACUUUUUUACGACAAAAAACACAGAGAACGCAAAAUGCACUGUCAAUAACAAUAUUAAUAAUAAUAUUCUGGCAUUAUUUACUUGCCCUCAUGUUGUUCCA